CGCCCGCUCCUCUUGCUAAAUGGUACUGGCGAAAAGGUGCUCAGAUUAUUUUGCUCGUUUUUAGGUGCCUGACCAGAAAAGACUCAUUCGAUCCCUGAGUAUUCGUCAAUGGAUGUCUUUGGUGGCGCUCCGAGAUUUUUAUCGUAUCCCAGGACGUUCACGGUGCCCAAUGGGGCAGACGCCGUUCUCAAAUGCCAGAUCAUUGGGGACCCUCGUCCAACGGUGAUCUGGGAAAGGGACAAGACACAGAUCUCCCCUCGCGGUCGCUACCGGUUCCUGGAGGACGGCAAUGUCUAUAACCUGGUGGUGUCGCGGGCCAGGGUGGAAGACAGUGGGCAGUACAUCUGCAAGGCCAAGAACGGGGUGGGGGAGACCUACGCGGCCGCCACCCUCAAGGUGGAGGAGUGUGACGGGAACCCGAAGAACCGGCCGGCCUUCGUGGUCAAACCCACCUCGGCCAGAGUGGUCCGCGGCCACGACGUGGUCUUCACCGGGCGGUUGGCCGGCUCCCCGAUGCCGGCGGUGACCUGGGAGAAGGACGGCAAGAAGCUGAGCGAGAUCUUCGAGAGCGGGCAUUUCAGCGAGGGCUGCGACGGUGGAGGAUGGCACCACCUGAAGGUCUUCAACGCCCGCAUGCCCGACGGGGGGGUGUACCUCUGCAAGGCGCGCAACCUUUUCGGCGAGGCCAUGUCGGCGGCCGUCCUCCUCGUGGACCCAGGCGACGCCCCCAACGAGCCAGCCCCACCCACAACCGCCACCAACGGUCUUGGGGUUAGCGAAGGGUCAGGUGCCCAACGGAUCCGGCGCGAGGCGCGGCGCGGGAAAAGGCAUCGCCUCGCUCACCGCGAGCCGCAGUCAGUCUCCGGCGUCGCCUGCCAGAGCCAGGGUACAGAAGAGCCACCGAGGGCCUGCAAAGUGAAAGUCUUCUCCGUGACGGAGGGCAAGCACGCGAAGUUCCGCUGUUAUGUCACCGGGAAGCCCAAGCCAGAGAUUUUCUGGAGGAAGGACGGCAGGCUGAUCGUCCCCGGUAGGCGUCACCUCCUCUACGAGGACAGGGAGGGCUACUUCAUCCUCAAGGUGCUGUACUGCAAGCAGCAGGAUAAUGGCCUCUAUGCUUGUGCAGCCUCCAAUGCGGCUGGUCAGACCCUUAGCUCAGUGCUGCUCAACGUCAAAGAACCUCUCAUCAAAUUUAAGAGCCAGUUGCAGGAUGUCGAGGUGAACGAGAGGGAGCAGGCAAUCCUGGAGUGUGAGGUCCCGGGAGACUCAAUCCCAGCUGUCUGGUAUCUUGAAGACCGCAAGUUACACGCCAGUGCCAAGUACAUCAUCGAGCAGCAAGGAGCAGUGCAUCGCCUUACCAUCAAGGAUGUAACCAUGGAUGAUGAUGGGGUUUACCUCUGUGAGAUGAAAAAUGGCGGCAGGAGCAUUGCUGAGGUGGCAGUAAAAGGUAAAAUUGUGAAGCGAUUACCAAGGAAACUGGAUGUACUGGAGGGAGAGAACGCAGCCUUCUGUGUAGACCUUGAUGAGGAGAAUGUGGAGGUGUCCUGGUACAAGGAUGGGGAGCUGCUGACCGAAUCCCACAAAACAAUCAUCAAGUCCUUCGGGAAAACCCACAUUCUGGUCUUUGUUAAUGUCACAGCGGAAGAUUCCAGUGUCAUCACCUUCGUUAUCAGUGACUCCAAAUCAUCGUCGCAGCUCCGUGUGAAACCCAGAAGACAUGUACCUCCUAGCACUCCAGAGAAUGUAUGGAUGAGCUGUGAGAAGCCCAAUGUAGCCUCACUGCUGUGGGCAUCACCAUCCGAUUGCCAACGGAGUGAGGUGAUGGGUUAUGUGAUCGAGAGGCAGGAGCAGGGCACUGAGGAGUGGGUGCGCUGCCUGACCACUGAGGGCAGCACAACGGUGGAGAUCCUGGGAGAGAGCGUUCCCAACGAGGCCCGCUACCGAUUCCGGGUCUGCUCCAUCAACAACUAUGGGAGGAGUGAGCAGGUGGAAUUCCCUGGAGUGGUACACCUAGUGCCUUCAGCGAGGAUUCGGACUCACCUGAGUGAUAUGACGGUGUAUCAGGACUCUGAUGCAGAGUUCACUAUCGAGCUGUCCACCUCGGUCCUUGGAACAUGGCACAUGAAGGGGCAACAGCUUCACAAUGAUCAAAGGUUCAAGAUCGACCAGUCUAGGACACGUCACUCAUUGCUGAUCAGAGGAGUCAAAGUGGAGGAGAAUGAGUCCGAGAUAACAUUUGUCGCUCACGGAGUGCGAGACUCGGCCGUUCUGUUUGUCAAAGCUGUCCCGGUGAAGAUCACACUGGGUCCUGGGAUGGAGACCAUGCAGCAGAUCACAGCCUCUGAGUCGAUUGUCCUUUGUUGCGAGGUAUCAAGGCCCAAUGUUGAGGUCCACUGGUGUAAAGACGGAGAGAUCCUCACCCCGAGUGACCGUGUCUCUGUCCAUUCAUCAGGCCACGUUCGGAAGCUCAUCGUCCAGUCUGCCUGCUUGUCAGAUUCUGGACAGUACGUCUGCAAUGCUGCUGAGGAUGUCCUCAUGUUUACAGUAAAUGUUUUGGAAUCUCCAGUGAGGAUAGUGAAUACGACCGAUGAUACAAAGAUGGAGUAUCUCACUUCAGAAUGCAUUGUGUUGACCUGUGAGCUCUCCCGCCCCAACGCUGAAGUGAAAUGGUACAAAAAUGGACUGGAAGUCGAGGGAAGUGGAAAGGUCAAGAUGGAGUCACAUGGAGUCCACAGGAGUCUAAUUAUUGAGAAGGCUGGAACGGAAGAUUCUGGAGAAUACGUCUGUGAUGCUGGGGAUGAUUCCAUCUUUUAUGACAUCACCGUGAGAGAACCUCCAGUAAGAAUUGUCAGCAGUUCCUCUCCAGAAUUGAGCGUACUGACUGGGGAUGAGGUUGUCCUCUCGUGUGAGUUGUCACGGCCUGAGGCGAAGGUGAGAUGGUACAAGGACGGGCUGGAGGUGGAAUGGACCAAGAGGUCCACAGUGGAAGUGGACGGAAGUCACAGGAGGCUGACCAUACACCCCAUUACAAUAGGGGAUCGAGGGACAUACCUGUGUGAUGCAGUCGACGACUCGGCCAGGUUUGAAGUGGCUGUGUCUGAGCCUCCAAUAAGAAUCGUCAACAGUUCCUCGCCAGUUUUGAGUGUACUAACGGGGGGUAAGGUUGUCCUCUCGUGUGAGCUCUCACAGCCCAGUGCUGAUGUGAGGUGGUACAAGGAUGGAGUGGAGGUGGAGCAGAGUGAGAGGUCCACAGUGGAGGUGGACGGAGGACGCAGGAGGCUGACCAUCCGCCAGGCCAGAUUGGGGGACUGUGGGACAUACCUAUGCGAUGCAGUUGAUGACUCAGCCAAGUUUGAAGUCACUGUGUCCGAGCCACCGGUCAAGAUAAUUAGACAGAUUGAGGGUCCGACAGAGCACAAGUACUUGACUUCCGAGGAUGUUACACUUCAUUGUGAGCUGACUCGGCUGGAUGGUGUUGCCAAAUGGUACAAGGAUGGGGAGAAGGUGGUGGAAAACGAGAGGAUCUCCAUUGGGAGUGAAGGAACAUUCCGGUCACUGCAAGUACUGGAUGCUCGGAUGACAGACUCGGGAGAGUACCUCUGUGAUGUCCGGAGUGACAGCAUUGUAUUCAGAGUGUGCGUGGAAGAUCCUCCCGUGAUGAUUGUUGGAAGCUCUCAGAUCUCGGAAGAUCGCAGUUUCAUUGAGUCUGAGACCAUUGCCAUGACGUGUAAACUAUCCCGUCCAGAUGUGCAGGUUUACUGGUACAGGGAUGGGAUGGAGCUGCAGCCCAGUGACAAAAUCAGGAUUGAAUCACGGGGUCUGACACGGGAGCUGAUGAUCUUUGACUCCGAGCCAUCUGAUUCUGGACAAUACAUCUGUGAUGCUGGCUCAGACAAACUGACGUUUAAAGUGACUGUCACAGAGGCCCCGGUGUUGUUUACAAACAAGGAGAAGCAUCCAGAAGAAGUUUACGCCAAUGAAAAUGGACAGGCUGUGCUUGCAGCCAUCGUCUCCAAGGAUCCAGCCAAUGUCACCUGGUAUCGCCACAAAGAGCAGGUGACCAAGGGAGAAAAGUAUGAGAUGAAGAGUGAGUCGCGGGUGCACAGUCUGAUCAUUAAGAAUGUCCUGAAGGAAGAUACUGGGUUCUACAUCUGCCGCUCCACAGAUGAUGAGAUGAUCUUCAAUGUGAACAUGACCGAGCUGCCGCUCACAUUUGUGCUGAAGCUGGAGGACGUGUGCGUUCAGAGAUAUGGCUCCAUCACCCUGUGGUGUGAACUCAACAAGGUCAAGGGUGACGUCAUAUGGCUGAAGGAUGGGAAAGAGGUCCAACCUAGUCGCAAGUACGUCAUCCGAGCUGAGGGGCGACUGCGAGCCUUGACCCUAUGCAAAGCGACACUUGACGAUCAGGGGGAAUACUCAUGCGAGUCUAAGGAUGACAAGACGGUGGCAAGAGUGUCCGUGAGAGUUCCCCGGGUCGUGGAGUUCAUCUCUGACCUCCGCAGUAUCACUGUGCAGGAGGGAGAUGACGCUAACUUCAAGUGCAUGGUGUCCCCGGAGGAUGUGAGGCUGUCCUGGCGAGUGCAUGGCACCGAAAUUCCACUGGGUAGCACGAAAUACGUGACCUCACGGAACGGCCUGUGUCACAUGCUGCUAAUACGGGACUGCCAGCUUGCAGACACCAGCCAAGUGAUAGCAGAGGCUGAGGGAAUCGUCUCCAGUGCCAACCUUCAGGUGCAAGAGACCCAGGUUGUAUUCACCAGGAAGCUGGUGAGCGUGACAACAGAGGAACGGCAAGAUGCUACCUUUGAGGUCGAGGUAAGCAAUGAGUUAGCCGAGGUCCAGUGGAUGAAGCAGGGGGUGGUCAUCCAGCACAGUCCAAAGUUCAUGCUGCAGCGGGACGGCAGGAUCAGGCAGCUAAUAGUGUGUGACACUGUGUUCGCCGACCGAGGGAAUUACCGCUGUGAGACUCUGCAUGACAGAACGCAGGCCAAACUCAGUGUUGAACCUCGAAGGAUAUCAGUGAAGAAGCCCCUGGAAGACGUGGAGAUCUUUGAGAAGGAAGCUGUCACCUUACAGGUGGAAUUAUCCCACCCAGACGUUGAUGGCGUAUGGAUCAAAGAUGGUAUCCGAGUGAAGCCCAACAACAACCGACGGAUCAGCUGCACGGGAAGAGUCCACAGCCUCACACUGUCCGCACUGACGCUUGAGGACUCAGGCACUGUCAUAUUCCAGGCCGACAAUGUCCGCAGCACCUCACGGAUAACAGUCAGAGAACCCCCCGUGACAUUCUUGAAGGAACUAAAAGAUCUGCGGGUUCCAGAAACAACUGUUAUCACCUUGGAGUGUGAGCUGUCCCGGCCCAAUGUAGAAGUCACCUGGUAUAAGGAUGACUUGGAAAUGAAACCCAAUAAAAACAUCCGGAUUUAUUCAAUGGGGAGGAAGAGGAUUGCUUAUUUAGGGAAAUGUGGAGUUCAAGAUUCUGGAACUUAUUCCUGUGACACUGGCGAAUGCAAAACCUUGGGCAAGCUGGAGGUGUUUGAACAGGAAAUUCAGAUUGUGAAGGAGCUAGAGGAUCAGGAGAUUCAAGAGAACGACAAUGCAGUCUUCGUCUGUGAAGUGUCCCAUGCAGAAGUGAAGAGUGAAUGGUUACAGAAUGGAAAUAGAAUCAAAUCAAACAGCAGUGUCAAAAUUAGACAGGAGGGUACCAAACAUUUCUUGCUGAUCUGCAAGGUGAGGGCGGAGGAUGCUGGAGAAAUUCGAUUCAGAGCCAAGAAUGCCGAGUCUGUCGCUCGACUAGAUGUCAAUGAGUUGCCAGUCAAGAUUGUGAAACCUCUGCGGGAUAAGACGGCGCUGGAGAAACACAAGGUCAUCCUGGAGUGUAAAGUCUCCAAGCCACAUGCCCAUGUGCGUUGGUACCGGGGAGGUGAGGAGCUCUGUGCCACCAGCAAGUACGAAAUCUGCAGUGAGGACUGCUACCGGCAGCUGGUCAUCCAUGAUGUCAGCUUCAAGGAUGAGGACACUUACACCUGUGAUGCCUUUGAUGACUGCUCGUCUGCCAAGCUACUUGUGGAAGAGCAAGCCAUUUUGAUAGUGAAGGACCUGAUGGAUGUGGAGGUGACAGCCCCUGACGCAAUCCAGUUGGAAUGUGAGGUGUCAGUGCCCGUGAUCAGAGCCCCUCAGUGGAGCCUGAAUGGACAGCUCCUUCGGAACGGGGAUGGGGUCCACAUGGAAAACAGAGGUACUAUCCAGCGGCUGAUCCUCAGCAACACCUCCCCUGACAUGAGUGGAGUGGUGAAAUUCACUGCAGGGAAGGCAAGCUGCAGUGCUAAGCUCACCGUGAAAGGUGAAUAGAAGGAAUGGGUUGGACCAGAUUCACUCUCCACCUGGGAAUCGAACACACAGAGACAAACACACACACACUUGCACGCUCCAGGGAAACACUGUCACUGGACCCUAAAGUCAGUCAUGUUUUACAGCCUGCUUUUAGGGACUGCUCAAUUCACCUUCAGCUUGAAAAGAGGCAACAUCGCCUGGAGAAUUCUCCAAGUCUCCCCCUCUGCUCACUGACUCAGGAUAAACCGAGCUAGUGCAUUGCGGACGGUGCCAAUUUCCCCUGGGUUGUUCUGGAAUGAAUCUUGCAGAUGUGGCUGCUCACCAAACCCAGGAGUAACAUUGUAAUAGCAUUGUUUCAAAAACAAACUGAGUGCUAUUUAAUCGGCAUGAAACUCUUGAGUUAUAAAAAUAUCAGAGGCGUGGGCAAAAAGCACAAUCGAUUAAGUUGAAAAUCAAAUUAGUUGAAAAUCAAAUUAGUUGAUUUCAUCUGGGUGAUGCUGAUGGUGGGGGGUACAGGGGCCACAGUUGCCCCCAAGUUUUCCUGGGUCGAGAGGGGGAAUAGAAACCUUUCCUUGUCAGAGUGUCCUUAGAGAGGGAGAAUGCAGUGCCCACGGUUUCCUUCAAGUUCUCUAUGACCAGCAGACACAGUGAGGACUAGAAUGCAUAUCCCCCACCCCACCCACCAAAAACAACAUUGUGGGAAUUAAAUUUGUAAUUUUCCUUUGACUUUUGUUACAGUGACCAUUAGGGGCUGUUAAUUCUAAUUUUAAUUUCACCACCGUCUUAUUUUUAAAACAGUAAACACAUUCAGGGUCCCAGCACGGAAUCACUGUCCAACCAAAAGCUUGGCUGUGAUGCUCCUUAAGUUCAAAUCGUGCUGUAAUAUACACAUACGCUGACAUACACACAGAGCUUAGUCCAUCUGGGCGGCCAACAAAAUCCAGAGUAAUCCAGUGUAUUCGGACCUCUGUCAUUGCCAACCAUUGCAAAUACUCCACAUUCAAGAUCCUGAUCCAAGUUAGCUUACCUGCUCCACUGUAUAGCUCUCGGAUCUCCACUGAACAAAUUAUUUUUCCAUUUUGUGUGGGCUCCAGAAGUGUGGCCCCCUCCUAUACCUAAAUGUCUUCCACAGCCAUGACAAAGUCUUAGUAAUCACCAGUCUCCAAGUGCACCUGCUGCCAAAAAUUCAUAUCUGUGCUUUUGGUUCCUUCAGCCUUCACAUUUCCAAUUGUGGCACAGUAACCCUUCCACUUUCUGCAAUCUCUCGUUUAUCUGAAACUCUGCUACAUGUGUCCUAACUUGCAACAAGUCCUGUUCAUCUGACACUCCAAUUUUGUAAAUAUUCAAGCGGUACUCCCCCAGAUCAAAGUUGCUGGAAUUUAAUUCUUUUCUGUGAAGGUGUUCACUCAAGGUGGCAUCACCUGUUGAAUUUAAUGCUUUUCCCUGACAUUGACCCCAGUGUUGUCAGUUAGUUCGCCUUCCUGACCUUUGCGCUUCAUCUUCUUUUCACCACAGCCCAGAGCCUGUACCUUCAGUCAAAGAGCACUUCAACUCUUAAUUCCCUUGCCUCCUUCAAGACUAACCCCAACUUCAAAAACCCAGAUCAGUGACCAAAUUGAUGGUUGCUCUCCCCUAAUUUCUGGUUCAUCUCUGCCCCUAUUUGUUUGAACCACUUUGAUCUCCAUCUGUGCACAGGUUCCGACAAGGUUCCCUAAUAGUUGCCUUACUAUAUUCUGAUAAAGGAAUAUCAGUUAGUGUGAAGAUUGCACAUAUUACACUCCAAUGCAGUCCUAGCAAUGCACUGGUUAGCAGACAGUGUGAAUCAUUGGCGUUUAUUAUGGCUGUUGUCCAGGGAUCUUCACAGUGCUCGAUUCCAGACAGCUACACAAUUGUUUUGUGAUGCUAUUACCUCCUAUAUAAAAAAAG